CACAGAGUGGAAUUCUAUUUUUUAAUAGAAAGUGCCCACUUUUGAGGUGGGAUUUUUUUUUCUGUGAAGGAAAAUCAAGUAUUCUCUUGAUGUGUGGAGGAACAUCUGGAAUUUCAAGUGUUCUCCUUAGGGGGGAAAAUUGCUUCUGCCAUUGACGGCUUGCAGCAAAAAGAUUCUACACCAACAAGGGAAGUAUUUUGUAUGGGAUUUUUAAAAAAUAGAUCAAGUGUUUCCUUGACGAUCUCUUUUCUACGACUUUUAAAUACCUGAACAAACUGUCUUGGCAAACGCUGCUGGAGGUUCCCGCCUCUCUUCCUCCCAUCUGCCAUGUACCAGCUGCUAACCGUCAUGCUCUGCGCAGCCCUGGAAACCUUGGGCGGCCGCACAGCUUUGGCUGUCAUUCAGGUACCGCACCACACAAACCAGAGCUGGGGAUUGCCCUUUUUGUUUGCCCACCUGAAGCGCUUGACGUCAUUGAAUACCAAUACCACCACCACCACCACCACAAGCACAAGCAGGGCCCGGCCCUCAGAAACAUGCCAAGGCUACUACGAUGUCAUGGGGCAAUAUGAUGCUGCAUUCAACUGUACCACAGGGGGGUACCGUUUCUGCUGCGGCACGUGCCAGUAUCGUUUCUGCUGUGAUGAUCGUUCCAGGAGGCUGGAACAAGGAAAAUGUCGGGACAGCCCCCAGUGGUUCGCCACGACAGUCGCUGGCACAGCUACCAACGGGCCCGAUGUGUCAAAUGGGAACAAGCAACAGGGCAACAGCACUGUAUAUGUCAUUUGCGGCGUCAUUAGCUUCACCUUAGCCGUGGGAGUUGGAAUCAAAUUCUUCUUCAGCAAAGCUUCGAGGAGACCACAUGGAAGAGAACUCAAUGUGCCCAGGGCUUUGGUUGACAUUCUCAGGCAUCAAGCAGGUACCAGCUCAUGCACAGAACGUAACAACAGUCUCGUGAUUAACUCAAACUUCCAAGACAACGGCUCAGCUCGUCCUCCAAAGAACCUGUUCAACACGGUGAAACCUUCCAAAAGCAGUCACGAUAACAUGCAUCACAAUUACAUCCAUUUGAAUGUCAACAGCCCCAAGCACCACACGGCCACCUUGGACUGGCACGUGAACCACACGCCCAGCCACUCCAACACAAAGUACAACACCCUCAGCUGUUCUCGCUCCUUCCAUAACCUCUCCCAUCUGCCUCCAUCCUACGAGACAGACGUCAAGUCUGAACUCAACCGCUAUUCCUCACUCAAACGCUUGGCAGCUGAGAAAGACUUGGACGAAUUCUAUGCCAAACGGCGCCAUCUUGCUGAACUGACACGUGGGACACUCCCCCUACAUGCCAUGAAGAUGAACUACGACAGGGAUGCCUACUCAGAGAAGUCACACAACCCACGGCGUGUCAUGUCACAGGAACAUAUCCUUUCAGACGGUGGUGGUGGUGGAGGAACCUACCGUCCAUCACACUAUGACUACACCAUUCCACGGGAGCGGGUUAUAUCUCACGAGCGCCUCCUCUCUCGUGAAAACUUGCAUUCUCAGGAGCGUUUGCUCUCCCCUGAGCGUCUCCAUCAGCGCACAGGUCCCUUCCAGGAGAUGCAUCUGGGCCACCAAAAGGCCAUGUCUCAGACCAAUGUCUGUGCCAGCAGUACCCCCAUGCUUGACCACCAUCAUGUGAUGAUGAAGAACUCUCAUCCCGCCUCUAAUAAUUCUCCCAAGACAGCUGCUCCUUGGGAGACCAGCACCAGCCAAGCUGCUGCCCGGCGCCAAGGCUUUGCAGCCAAAAGGCAAAGCACCAUUGAUCAAGUCCAGUUCAUCCCUGGGCAUCAUCCAACCCAACAUCUCCCUACUGGCAGCAAAAAUGAGGUCACUGUGUGAGAUGUCCCUACUCCCCAACUCAGGUCGUUUUGACUUUCCAAGGCCAUAUUUCUCACCCUUUUCUGCUCCCCCCCUUCCUUUCUUUGGUGCUCACCAUUUUAAUUGGGGCUCUAUUUUUCUUUCUCUCCUCUUCCUCUUCUACUUCCUUUUAGCCAUAUGGCCUCCAUCUUGGUUGAGAUCAAGUACCAGGCUGGUCUUUGAUAAUGACACCAUCACAGUCUUUGUUGACCUCAGUGAUGUGCAUCCAACCUUCCAAAUCUUGACAAUCUAGAUUGUAAUGUUGGCUUGCUGAGAUGUGGUGAUAACCCACAAUGCUAUGUCAAGAUGUAGUGAUGUUGAGGCCUGCUUGGUUUCUUAGAGGACACCUACUGCCCUAUCUCUGAGGGCUUCUGAAGAUGUCAAAACUAAUAGGUUUCAUUAACUUGAUGCUGCUGAUAUCCCCUCCCGUGUUUUCUGACAUCUCUGCUGUCCUGAUACAAUAUCAAGGCUGAAUUAAUUGUCAGUAACCAGGCCUGUAGAUUCCUUCAUGGAAUCAAUAAUAUAGCCUUGGUAAUAGUUCUAGAUGAUGUCACAUUUGCCAGGCACCAUCAGUCUUUGAUAACAACAAUAAUACUAACAUUAUUCACCAACAUUCAUCAUCACUGCUGUGGGUCGUUGUCUAAGACAUUGAAGACUGCAGACAACAUGUGUGGAUAUACAAAGAGGUUGGCACCCUCUGUCUCUGAAACUUUAAAUGUUGUGAGCACUACCAAACCCUAUAGAUGCUCCAUUGUCCAACCAACACCAUAGACACCUUCAAUGGUGUCAACACUGUGGACUCUGUCAGCUGCAGAUAAUGUAAGCGCUGUGGGUCUCGUUGACCUCUGAUGCCCUCACCAUCAACAUAGGAUGGUGUCAGCACUGUGGACCUUUGGUGGCAUCAACAUUUUAUGAUUUGUCAAGUUAUAGAUGAUGCCUAUGGAGAUAAAGGUUGAUCAGUAUAUUGGCUCUGAUAUAAACCUAAAAGGCAUCACAGAGACGAAUAAGUCAGUUGUGUAGGUAUUGUUAGUUUUGUACAAGUCAGUCUUUGGGGCAAGCCAGUCUUGUUGAUGUUUGAAGAGGCCUUCUCAACCUUCAGUGAAAGUACUGCUCAUCUUGAUUACUAAGAAUGAUGUCAAGGUUUUUGUGCCUGUCACCCACUGAUGAUUUCAGCACAAUGGACUCAGCCAGCAGCUACAGGUAUCAAAGUAGCCCAGCUUAGUAAAAAUGUUGACUUUUGGUGACUUCAUCACUGUGGGCCUCAUGCAGCAUUGUUGGCCUCAUUGAUUGCAUUGAGUUGCUGCACUUUAGAUGAAGUUACUUCUUUGGGGCUUCUUCUGUUUUAUGGUUGGGAACAAUACAGUACCUUUAAUUUGGUUCAGAUGUGCACCUUAGCAGGAGGUUGGGGGCACCUUUCCCUAGUGGUAUACACCAUGGCGAUCUUCAGAUUAUACAAUGACACACUUUGCUCAGACAAAGUGAACAGCCGAAGGCUCCUUCCCUGUUCCUUAAUGGGCUCCAAGAUAGGAAUAGUGAGGGAAAGUGCCCAUCUUGACUUCUUGCAUCCAAUACAGGGUUUGGCCAGUGCAAAUGGUACAGGAAAUUGAGUAUUAUACAAUACACUGCCCUUUGCCACUCUCAUCAUAUUUUUGUUUUAUAACUUUGCCAUGACUCUGCCCCUAAGAGAUCUAGGGCAGGAUAAGCUUCGCCCCCUUUAACUGUACAUAUCUUUAUAUAUUGCUAGCACUUUCUGUCAGUUUUUCUAGUGUCUUUAUUUACUUUCCCAUUGUUAGGGGCAUCAAUCAAUGCCACCUUAUUGGGUAAUGUAACUAGGUUUUUUUAAAAAAAAACAGUCCUUCAAACACUGGUCUGGUAAACUAACAUCCUCUUAAAUCCUGCCCUCCCCCGCUGCUUCCCAUGAUGCUCAGGACUUUUCUCUCUGUGUCUUCUUUCUAGGAACCUUUCUGUUCUUUUUUAAAACUACGUAAACGAAGAUAUGUAGAAAAUAUGGCAAAAAAAUUAACUGGUCAGGGUAUUUCUUAAGAAACAGAAUUUGAAAGUAAGAUCAGAAUAUUUUUUAAACGGUUUACUUUUUAAAAUAGUGUUCUCCCCUUCAUCGUUGCAAAGUAGCAUCUUCCAUUCCUGUAGCUGAAAUCCCUAUACUUGGGUUGAUUCUUUAAAAUUUUGGCUGUCUAGACAUUCGCAUUCAAACCCCCCAUUCUGUAGUAUAUGAGAUGGUUCAAAUAUUUAUUUUGAGCAGCAGUUUGAUACAGUUUUGCACUUACCCAUAUUUUCAUUGAUUGUGCAGAACAGCAUAAGAACUACAAUUUUUGAUUUUGGUAAAUUUUGCCAAGAAUGACAAAUUCAUUUCCCUCCCUGCCAUCUCCCACUGGCCCCUGGCCAAAACGAUAUGAGAUAAUUUGAAUGUAAUGCUAAAUCAGAGUUUGGAAGCAGUUAAAAAUAUAUUUGUUGCCAAAAAGAGAUUGCAUAAUAAAUAGGGGGAAGGGAUUUAGCAAUUUUAAAUUUUUU